AUGAAGAUGGAAAGGACAUUGCAAGGACAAGUGAUCACCACCCUAAUUGACUUAGGUGCGACACAUAAUUUCAUAUGCACAAAGUUAUGUGCACACCUCAAGGUACCUUACACAAAAGCCAUGAAUUAUGAAAUCUUUAUUGAGAAUGGAGAGGCCUCUAGGGUAACAAAAUUCGCAAGGGUAUUUUUCAUACAAGUCCAAGGCUUAGACAUCAUUGAAGACUUCCUACCACUCACAUUAGGGAGCACAGAUGCGAUAUUAGGAAUGCAAUGGCUCAGCUCAAUGAGAUGGAUGCAUGUGAAUUGGGGGAAUUAACCAUGAAGUUUAUGGUAAAUGGCAUGGUGAAAGUCUUCAAAGGAGAUCUGAAACUGUCAAAUCAAAACUCUCCCUAAAGAUAUUGUAGAAAAUCAUCAGCAGACAGCCUCUAAUCCUCUCGGAGUUACAUUAGGUGCAACUACAACCCUAAUUAGUGAGUACUAAGACCACCAGAAUUGAAUCUAAAUUCAAAUAAUUAUUUUCAUUUGUGUUUUCUCCAAUAAUUAGAUUACUACUAGAGCAUGAGGUGGAUUAUUCCAUCAACAUUAUUUUUGGUAUUAGACCGGUGAACCUAUGUCCAUAUUUGUAUUCCUACUUCUAAAAGGAUGAAAUUGAGAAGUUGGUACAAGAGUUCCUAGCAGCAAGAUUUAUUCAACCCUCACGAAGCCUUUAUGUAAGCCCUAUCCUAUUAGUGAAGAAAAAAGAUUGGGGAUGGUGAUUAUAUGUGGAGUAUAGUGCCCUAAACAAGGUAACAAUCCCCAAUAGAUACCCUAUACCUAUUGUGGAUGAGCUGCAAGGUAUAAGUAUUUUCUCUAAGCUAAAUUUAAAGUAGAGAUAUUAUCAAAUUUGCAUGAAGGCCUUAGACAUCUAAAAGACUGCCUUUAAAACCCACAAUGGGCAUCAUGAAUUUAUCAUCAUGCCUUUCGAUCUCUCCAAUGCACUGGCUACUUUCCAAUCACUUAUGAACAAGUUGUUCCGGCCUUUUCUAAAAAAAUUUGUACUCGUACUUUUUUAUAACCUCUUAGUAUAUAGUCAAAAUCCACAAGAUCACAAAGAACAUUUGAUAUAGAUCUUUAUUGUCCUAUCCAAGAAUAACCUCCAUAUCAAUGUGAACAAGUGCAAAUUUUCCCAACUUUGUAUUAAAUAUCUAGGCUACUGGAUUUCUACUAAAGGUGUGGCAACAAACAAAGGAAAGAUCUCAACCAUGAUCAAUUUGCUGCUAUGA